UGUUGUCGGCAUUUCAAAGAAAUGAAUCCUAAAAAUAUCUACUCCACAUUAUUAUUGGGAAACAAUUUUGAUUAUGUACUAUUCAAGGCUGCGAUUUUAUUCGCUGAAUCUGGUUUAAAAGUGUGGUUUAUAUCUCCGGAGACGUUCGAUAAAAUACCAGAGAAUAUAGUUGCGCCCGAGAAAGAAAUAUUACAAUUAAUAACAUUUCUUUAUCUCAAAGAUUAUAAGGAACUGAUUUCACACUUAAAUGGCAUUCACUUGUGGCAUAAAGUACCCGAUGUAGUAAUAUUGCCUAAUUUAGAAAUUUAUUGCAAUUUACAUUCUGAUAAAUACGAUCCUCUUCUAAGUGCCUUAAUCGUGACAGCUUUAGUUGAUAGUACGUCGGUUUGUGCAAAGAAGAACCAAAGGGCGUAUUUAAUAGCAACCUGCUCGAUAUCACCAGAGAACUGUGAAAAUAGAUUGCAAAUACUGCACGAUAUGUAUUUUCCUCACGUAGUACGUGAAUCGGAAGAAAAUGAAACACUUUUAAAGGACAUUGUUGAUUAUUAUUUAAAUAACUAGCAGCGUUAGUUAAUAUUUUUUAUUAAAACAGAUUAUGAUGUAUU